CUCAGUCUGAAAAUAACCAGCCCCUCCUCCCUUCUCUAGGCCGCAAAGAAGAAAUGCAAGCCAUCGGCAACCUCACCUCCAUGCCUGGGAACAGCAGUCUGUGCACCAGAGACUACAAAAUCACCCAGGUCCUCUUCCCACUGCUCUAUACUGUUCUGUUUUUUGUUGGACUCAUCACAAACAGCCUGGCAAUGAGGAUUUUCUUUCAAAUCCGCAGUAAAUCAAACUUUAUUAUUUUUCUUAAGAACACAGUCAUUUCCGAUCUUCUCAUGAUUCUGACUUUUCCAUUUAAGAUUCUUAGUGAUGCCAAACUGGGAACAGGACCACUGAGAACCUUUGUGUGCCAAGUUACCUCUGUCAUAUUUUAUUUCACGAUGUAUAUCAGUAUUUCAUUCCUCGGACUGAUAACUAUUGAUCGCUACCAGAAGACCACUAGGCCAUUUAAAACAUCCAAUCCCAACAAUCUCUUGGGGGCUAAGAUUCUCUCUGUUGUCAUCUGGGCAUUCAUGUUCUUACUCUCUUUGCCUAACAUGAUUCUGACCAACAGGAGGCCGAGAGACAAGAAUGUGAAGAAAUGCUCUUUCCUCAAAUCAGAGUUCGGUCUGGUCUGGCAUGAAAUAGUCAAUUACAUCUGUCAAGUCAUUUUCUGGAUUAAUUUUUUAAUUGUCAUUGUAUGUUACACACUCAUUACAAAAGAACUGUACAAGUCAUAUGUAAGAACAAGGGGAGUAGGCAAAGUCCCCAGGAAAAAGGUAAAUGUCAAAGUUUUCAUUAUCAUUGCCGUAUUCUUUAUUUGUUUUGUUCCUUUCCAUUUUGCCCGAAUUCCUUACACCCUGAGCCAAACCCGGGAUGUCUUUGACUGUGCUGCUGAAAAUACUCUGUUCUAUGUGAAGGAGAGCACUCUGUGGUUAACUUCCUUAAAUGCAUGCCUGGAUCCAUUUAUCUAUUUUUUCCUUUGCAAGUCCUUCAGAAAUUCCCUGAUAAGUAUGGUGAAGUGUCCCAGUUCUGCAACAUCUUCAUCCCAAGAAAACAGGAAAAAGGGACAGAAUGGUGGUGACCCAAGUGAAGAAACUCCAAUGUAAACAAAUUAACUGAGGAAAUAUUUCAAUCUGUUGGUGAUCAUAAUUCCUUAAAAGAAAGCACUAUGUAAAAAUAUUAACACUGACUAAGAAAUAAUGAAGUUAAUAACUUGAAAAAGUAAUAGAAGACUACAAUAAUUUUUUAUUUACUUUUCCAGUAUUAAAAGCUAUCUUUAAAUGUAGCAAAAUAACCUACCCUAUAGCUAUGUAGCAGCAA